CGGAAGUUGGGUCGGGCUGCCGCUGUUACUCCGGCUCCUCCAGGCCCGUAGUGACCCCGCCUCGUCUGUUCCGGUCCCCGGCCCGCGGCUGCGGCGCUGACGUGGCUCCUGGAAGUGGGGCUGGCGCGGGACCGCCAUGUUGCAGCAGGACAGUAAUGAUGACAUUGAAGAUGUGUCACUGUUUGAUGCAGAAGAGGAGACAACUAGUCGGCCAAAACAAUCCAAAGUCAGACAUCCAGUGGCAUCAUUUUUCCAUUUAUUCUUUCGAGUCAGUGCAAUUAUAGUCUAUCUUCUCUGUGAAUUGUUCAGCAGCAGCUUUAUUGCCUGUAUGGUGACAAUUAUCUUGUUGUUGUCAUGUGACUUUUGGGCAGUCAAGAAUGUCACAGGUAGACUAAUGGUUGGCCUGCGCUGGUGGAAUCAUAUUGAUGAAGAUGGAAAAAGCCAUUGGGUGUUUGAGUCCAGGAAGGCCUCUUCUCAAGACAGUAAAACUGUUUCAGAGGCUGAGUCAAGAAUCUUCUGGUUAGGACUCAUUGCCUGUCCGGUGUUGUGGGUAAUAUUUGCCUUUAGUGCCCUCUUCUCCUUCAGAGUGAAGUGGUUGGCGGUGGUUAUCAUGGGUGUGGUGCUGCAGGGGGCCAACCUGUAUGGCUACAUCAGGUGCAAAGUGGGCAGCAGGAAGAAUUUAACCAGCAUGGCUACGUCGUACCUUGGAAAGCAGUUUUUAAGACAAACCACUGGAGACGAUCAGACCUCCUGAAGAGAGUGAGGGAGCCUGCGUGUUCUUCCCAUUGGGAACAGCUGAAGGGGGUCUUGACUCUGAACCUUUAGAACUCAGUACCUAUUGCAAAGAGGAGUGUUGGGUUUGUUUUUCCAUUUUAAAGUUUACUUUAAAAAAAAGGAAAAGUAGUUUUCAUAUUAAGUUUUUACUUUCUAGCAUAUGGGGCUUGAAGGUGUGGUGUAGCUAGAAACAUUGUUAACAUUUGGUUCAUGGUGUACCUAUGUGUAUGCACAUAGUUGUGUAAGAUCCAUGUGUCUUAAAUUAACGAAAGUGUUUGUGUUCAUGCCCAUAUGGAAUGGAGACCUUUGCAUUUUGAUCCACAGAGCAAGAAGGACGUUCCUAGUCGAUCUCAGAACUCUCUGUGUUUACAUACUAUUUCUGUAGAUUAUUUUAGGUUUUGCUUCCAUGGUAAGAGUGAGCACUUUGGCUUAUAUAUAGAGUUAGAAAUAAUUGUUAAUUUUACACUUAAUACAUACUUCAUGAUGAAACUUCUUAUCCUAGGCGUUUACAGGCAGGUAAAAACCAAAUUUGGGCUAUUGGUGUUAACUGGUUUCUAAAAUUUUGUUUAUUUUUAUUUGUAAGGAGUCACGUACUUAAGGCCCAUAAAUUCCAUAAAAGGAAUUUUCGUAGUUUAUGUUCAUGAGAUACGUAGGCAUUGCUGCUGUUCUAUUUAUUUUUGGGGAAAGAUAGCCAGAUUUUACUUUGGAACCUGCCAGAAGCUCUUCAGUGGUCCUUGGCCUAAUGAAAUCUAUCUUUUACCACUAAGAGAGUAUUAUUCUUAUGUCAUAGUGAGAAUAAUCAUUUCGAUACUUGGCAUUGUAAAUGCCUAAAAGACGUUUUAUUUUACGAAUCUAUUUUUUUUCUUGCUAUAAUGGGGAUAUUGUAAAUCAUGUAUUAAUGGUAUUUCUUAAAACAAUAUAUGUAACAAUCCGCAAACUUGUAGGCAUCUGUAAAUUCUGUUGUAGGUACUGUAAAUUUUGUUUUAAUCAGCAGAUAGGUUAUUUUGUGAUUGUAUUUAUACAUUGUUAAAAUUUUUUUGAAGAUGUUUUGUUUAAUUGAAUGUAUCUUAUUGGCGUGAUAGCUUUGAAGGUGCAUAACUUUAUAUUUGUAUAAAACUCUACUGCUUACAAAGCA